CUGCCUUUUGUACGAAUUUAUUUUACUAAAAUAAAAUUGUAUAAACCGGGGCCAAUUAUAUAUGUUUCUACACGUAGAUAAUAGUGUAUAUUUGUAAUGCAUACAUACAAUCGCGGAAAUAUUAGAAAAAUAUCGUUUCGCACAAGAGGACGAUCUGCUCAAUCCCUCGAUACAAAUACUCCUAUAGAUCAAGGGGCUGCUGGAGAUAAUCGACUUUUCCUACAAAUUAAACCUGCGAUUGCCGAUCCAAGGACUGCGCUUACGCGAUCACAUACAACACUAACAGGAAAUGACUUUCUUCAUAAAGAUGACGUCAGAGAUGAUAUGGUUAACUUACAAGCGGUGGGAGAGGGAAAGGUGCAACUAUCACGGACACCACAAGAAAAGGAUCGACUACCGGAUAGAAUAACUUUAGACAGGAGAGGAUUGUCAUCUAUUCCUCAUAUCGUUGGAGAACCAGGCUUGAGACUAUUAUCACUACAACAUAAUUUAAUAAACAGCCUGUCUGGAUUAUCACCUCUCGAUUUGGGUAAACUAGUGUUUCUGGAUGUUUACGACAAUCAAAUAGACAAGAUCCAUUCUUUAGAAAGACUAUUUAGUUUAAGAGUACUUUUACUUGGGAAAAACAGGAUCAAAAGAAUAGAAGGAUUAACAAAUCUCAUAAAAUUGGAAGUUUUAGAUUUACAUGGAAACAGAAUAAGUAAAGUAGGUGGACUGUCCAACUUAAAUGAUCUAAAAGUACUUAAUUUGGCUGGUAACCAGAUAAAAUGCAUUGGCCCAACUGAUCUACAGGGACUGGUGUCUUUAAGAGAAUUAAAUUUAAAAAGAAAUCGUCUGAGAAAAUUACUCGGAUUUCAAAAUGCGCCAAAAUUACAAAAACUAUACCUUGGAAAUAAUGAUUUGCAAAGUGUAGAAGAUGUAUCUUCGCUGGCUGAAGCUACAUCAUUAAUUGAUGUUUCCCUAGAUGGGAAUCCUGUGGCUUUAGGAGGAGAUUGUACGCCUUUUCUCGUAUCAUACUUGCCAAGUUUACUUACUUUAACAAAUAUGCAUGUGACUGAUCAGGUUAGAAGAGCUGCCAUGGCAUGGCGGGAAAAUAAAGAAGCAGCUCAUGCUGCGUACUGUGCACUAGGUGGUACAGCACAACAAGCUGCACGACGUGAUCAAAUUAUCAAUAAUGCACGCACCAAUUGGGAAUUACUUAGGUCGGAAAACAAAUGUUUCAUGAAUCUUACAGCUUCAAACAAAACUCAUGAAACGGAAAAAGAAUUUGCAAUAGAUGCUUCAACUGUAACACUCGCGCACGAUGGAACGCAGACAAUUGAACCGUCAAAUCUUCCCGAUGUAGUUGUGUCUUUACAGCAUAUUGAAGCUGAAGAUUCCGAUGGAAAAAAUAACAGCAGCGAUAAUAAUAUCAAAGCAAACAUGAUGAACGGUACGAAAGCAUCUCCUAUGAGAAAAUUACAAAGGAGUGCGACAACUCGGAAGUGUUCCGAUAGACGCGUAAACUUUUCAGAUAGAAGCGUUUCUCAAGAUACAGACGCUUCACAUUCAACUUCCACUAGUAGCGAUCUGAGAUUACCACCUAUAUUGCUGCCAAUUAUUUCAUCUUUGGAAAAUGUUAAAUUAGCAGAUAGUAAUGAACCAAUUUUAAAGAGAUGGGAAAGCAUUUCUAGUGUAGAUCCAAUCGUGGACUCAUCGUUUAGUUCAUUGCCGUCUUCAACUAGUGAAAGUGAAGACGAAACAAAUAAGAGACAAGUUAGACGUAUGCCUACAGCUUUAAGGCGACGAGAACAUUUCAGCACUAUGCGUUCUAAAUCCGUCUGUGAUCCAGAAUGUCGUAGAAUGAAAGGUAAUAAGAAUUCUGAUCACAGUGAAAAUGCUAGUAAUAUAUCUACUAGCACAAACUUUGGCUCUGUUGCAAAUUCAUCUACAUCUGGUAGCGAUCACAGUACUAAAGUUUUUAAAAGAGAGGGCUCAAUUAAUAGUCGGAUCAGUAAUAGGAAUAUCAGAAGCGCUACCAUAACACGAAGAAACGAAAGAGCUUCUUCGGCCAGUCGAGCAUCCACUGCUAGAGUGAAGUCCGGAAAGAGUUUAGCUAGCUUAAAAUCAUCAGAACCAGUACUCAAAGCCGUCCCUUCAUCGAAAGAUCGAGAACAAGGUGUAGAUUACCUUGUUGAAGUUUGUGAUGGAGUGGUGAGUGCGUGGGGAGCUGGAGCAGUUAGACGUCUUGCCAGGGACUGGGAUUGGGAAAAAGCACGCUCUGUAUUAAAAGCAGCUUUCCAUUAUGUGCAUUUCAACGCAGUGGCACAAUCUCUUCCAGAAUUGAAAUCAAAGUUUCCAAAUGUUACGCAUAUAUCUUUUCGGGCGACUGGCCUUCAGUGGUUGGGACAGUUACAUGCCCUAGCUGAAUUACGUGGUCUUACCGGAUUAACAGUUUUACCAGAAGGUAACCCAAUACAUGGAAAAUGUUGGCGAGAAUAUGCAGUCUAUAGAUUGGCUCACUGGGGUUUAAAAGAAAUAAACGACGAAGCGGUGACAGAUGACGAAGUAAAAUUAGCAAAUAAAACAUACAAUGGACUCAGUGAUAUAGUUCUGAGAGCUCUUCCCGAUGCUCCUUUGCAACCUCUACUCUCACGGCUCGGCAGAAGUGGCAACAGUUCCGUUAGUGCUAAAGCUUGGUUAAGAGCCGCUGACCCCGCACUGAGAGAUGUAAUAGCUAAAGAAGCUUUACAAUACAAAAAGGGACACGUUUCACAAGAGGACAUGAGUUGGCGAGUGCGUGGUAGAGGUCAAUUGUCACAUGCUAUCGACUUAGCUUGCGGAGCGGCACAAAGAUUACGAGCACUUGAGCUCCAGUGGCCGACAAUCUUAGUCGAGAUGAUUGAAGACAUUUUAAGAGAUUUCUCUGACAUGGAAUCACAUGUAAAGGAUCAAAUGCGACUGCUCAUGGAUUCAACUUAAAAUAAAUUUAAUAGUACCUAACUAAUCCCAACAGUAUUUUAGCUAUUUAAAACAUUAAUUACCUAAUAGAUAUACACAAUUAUUUAUGCCACCAAAACUAUAUACUUAUAUUUAAUAAUACUUACUACGUUUUGAGAUGUUAAUUUAAGUAGAUGCAUAGAUUAUAAUUAUGAUGCCAUUCUUGAGAGGUUUUAAAUACAUUUCGUAUUUCUAAAUACGUAAUACUACAUUCGCAUAUUCUAAAUGUGACAAUUUAUGAAAUACUUAAUCUUCCAACAUUAAGAUAUGAUAGUAAACAAAUCCAGAUAGCUAUCUAUCUAGGGCUGAUUGCAUUCCCAAUUUGGU